AUGACGGAAAUGUUUGCUGCAGUUUAUUUUGUAGACGAUUGUCUUGCUCAGUGUGGCAAAGACUGUAGGUCUUACUGCUGCGAUGGGACCACUCCCUACUGCUGCUCCUACUAUGCCUAUAUUGGGAAUAUCCUCUCGGGCACGGCGAUUGCCGGUAUCGUGUUUGGAAUUGUAUUUAUCAUGGGGGUCAUUGCUGGGAUCGCCAUAUGUAUCUGCAUGUGCAUGAAAAACAACCGCGGGACGCGGGUGGGCGUGAUCAGCACCGCCCGCAUCAAUGCCAUCACCUCCUACCCUGUGGCGCCGCCCCCCUAUAGUUACAACCAUGAGGUGGAACACUGUGCAGAACUGCCUCCCCCCUACUCGCCAGCCCCACAGUCUUCAGCACAGCGUUCGCCACCCCCUCCGUACCCUGGACAUUCAAGGAAAUAACCCUUCUCCCGGAGGGAAUAUGUGCCAGCCACAGAUCUUGCCAUGAAUAAAAUGCCUCUACUCAGAAACAGACAGGAAGAACUGCUGUAAAAAAUAGUCUUUUGGGCCAAACUAAGUGUCAAGUAGAAUGUCCAGGCUGAGAUACAGAGCCUUUAACCACCCUCGGAGCUGAGUCUAGACUAUUAUGUCUGGUUCCAUGGAACCGCCUUUGAAGAGAUCUACUGAUCAACCUAAGCACAUUUGGAAGAGAGUAAUGAGAUGGAAAAAAAUGUCUGAAAAUCAUGUUGCUUAAUGAAAUUGCAAUAUUGAUCCAAAGAGAAGAUCUAUGUGAGACAGGAAAUAGCCUGGACUACUUAAAGAAAACACUAUAUUCUAUAUUUCAUGUAGCCUUGAGUCAGAACUAAAACUGUUCAUUCUUUCGUUCGUCAAUAAAUGCUGGUCAAGUGUGUGAGAACCUGCUCUGUGCCUUAUACUGCUGGAAGCACUAGAUGGAAGUUGCAGCAAUUUUGGUUUCAGUAUGAGAAAGAGCAGUUGGAGCUUUUGUGAAAAGCCCUGUUACCAAGACUUCACACAGAACCUGGCUGACUCUCUGUUAGAGAGUUGCUCUAGACGGGUUAGCGAAAUCAAAUGGUCAAAGGGUCCGGUGGACCUCAAAAGUUUCUGCUCAUGUUUUAUGUAUGUGUGGGGUAAAUUUGUAUGUCUUCAAAAGUGAAAACUACUGGAAUCAUUGAACCUUAUCUCUUUAAUUUGAGUCUUAAAACGGGAUCAAAGGGAUUCAAAGUUGCUUGAAGCCAAGAACUCUUCAAUGCUAGCUACUGCCACCUAAAAAUCAUGACUUUUAAUUAGUGUAUUAUGACAAAGGUUAUUCCAGUAGCAGAAAAAAAAAGUAUCAAAUCCCAUAAGCAACAAAUUCUUCACUUCAGAUUAAAAGAUGAAAAGCCAAAUAUUUCCAUUUUAUAUCAGAAGUAAAACCUCAGAACUUGACCAUGGAGAUAGACACACUUACAAACAGAGAGGAAAAAAUGAGGUUCGUAUUCUGUUCUGUGGAGUUCCAUUCCAGAGUAGUUUAGACACACUUCUCUUUUGUGAUAUUUUUAUAAUCUGCUCCCUUGAAAAAGUUACACAGUUAAUGGAAAAGUUAGGAUAUUAGCAUCAAGCUGUUGCCUUUUGCCAAAAUCCGAAUGUUAUGAAGUGCCUGUCGUUAGGUGUAAAUGUUGUUAAUAAAUAAGUCUAAUGUGCCAUAUUUUGCUGCAAGUGGCCUUAACAUUUAUGUUUUUAUGUUGGAUCUUUCAUGUAUUUAAAAUUUACACUGAGAAAAUAUUGGGAAUGGAUGAUUAAAUUUUUGUAAUUUUUAUCACUUUGCAAUUAAAUCCAAAAUGUUUAACCCAACAUUAUUAUCACAUUUCUGUGAAAUCCCAAAACAAUGCUCAGAAUUUUGCUGAAUAAAAUAGAAAAAUGCCUUACAGUAUAAAUUAUAGUCUCAUUCUUGUGGUCAGGACAUCGAGGAGCUGAUACCAGUAGCAUGUUUUACUUACCAAUACACUGAUCUGACUGAAAUGUGAUGUAACUGCGAGUGAGAUCACAAACCUAAAUGUGUUUUGAAUGACUUGCUCGGUUCUAGGCACCAAGACGCAUCCAAGAGUUCCACCUAUUGCAGUGACCGAGAUGUGAGCAGUUUUCACAGUGCCUACCCUCUCAUUCAUCUCUCUCUCUGCAAGUGUGAUCAGACCAAUCACACUGACUCUGUGCAGCUCAAAGUGCCAGGGUCUCUGUGACUCUCAGAACGUUGGUUGCAAAUGCACCACGCAUUUCUUAGGAAAAACGGAGAGGGAAAGAGCCAUGGAAAUUGAAUGCUCAUCAUCUCUGUCAAUAAACAUUUAUCACGUGCCUCCCGUGUGCCGCAAGCAUUACCCACAGAGGAGCCAUUUCCUUCCACGUCAUCUCUCUUCUUUGAGUGGUUGAAUGGCCUCCCGUAAGAUAGAUCACAAACCCACAGGCCUGCAAUAGAUGACUCUUUUUAUUAUUUGUAUUUAGUGUCACAGUAGCGUAAAUGGGCACAUUAUCAGUAUAGACUUUUAGAGUUCACCUAUUAUUUUCAUAGAUGAAACAUCUUGAGGGAAGCAGUAUAUGUUGUGAUAGCUUUGAAUUACGGUUAUACAAAAAAUAAAGUAUUUUCUGAGGCCAAAAUGUUUACAAUAAGCAAUAAAAUGAAAAAACCCAUUAUAACAAGGGUUACAUUUC